AUGGCGUGGAUAUGGAUAACACUCCUCGCUUUGAUUGCUCAUCUCUUAUUGCGAGCUUUGCUGUGGGAAACACGGGAUAAGAAGAAAUUGCCUCCCGGUCCAAGAGGGUUUCCGAUUCUUGGAAACCUCCCUUUGUUAGGGAAGAAUCCUCACCAUGAUCUCCACAAACUAGCUAAAAAAUAUGGACCCCUCAUGUACUUGCGCCUCGGGUUCGUGCCCACGAUCCUCAUCUCAUCACCCGAAGUGGCCGAGCAAUUCCUCAAGACCCAUGAUCUUAUUUUCGCGAGCCGGCCGCCUCAUGAGGCCGCAAAACACAUAUCUUAUGAGCAAAGGAGCUUGGCAUUUGCGCCGUACGGCCCAUAUUGGAGGAACAUUAGAAAGAUGUGCACUUUGGAGCUCCUUAGCAAUGCAAAAAUCUACUCCUUCAGAUCCAUGAGAAGAGACGAGGUCGGCUUGCUUGUGAAUUUUCUCAAAGACGCAUCUCGUGACCACAUGGCCAUUGACUUGAGCGCGAAGAUCUCAUCGCUAAGUGCCGACAUGAGUUGUCUGAUGGUCUUCGGGAAGAAGUACAUGGACAGGGAGUUUGACGAGAGAGGGUUCAAGACCGUGGUUCAAGAAGUGAUGGUGUUGACCGCCACGCCGAACAUCGGUGACUAUGUUCCUUUUUUGGCAUCAUUUGAUCUUCAGGGGUUGACGAAGCGCAUGAAAGCCGUGAGCAGAGUAUUCGAUGCUUUCUUCGAGAAAAUUAUUGACGAGCACUUGGAGAACAAGAAAGAAGAAGGACAGACCAAAGAUUUUGUUGAUGUCAUGUUGGGUAUCAUGGGAUUGAACGAGGGAGAGUACCAUAUCGACAGGCCCCAUAUCAAAGCCAUAAUUCUGGACAUGUUGGCAGGUUCAAUGGAUACUUCAGCGACCGCAAUAGAGUGGGCAAUGGCCGAACUUAUAAAACAUCCUAGGGCAAUGAAAAAGCUCCAAGAAGAACUAGAGAAAGCUGCGGGACUAAAUAGAGCAGUGGAGGAAUCAGAUUUAGAGGGCUUGGACUACUUACACAUGGUCAUCAAGGAGACCAUGAGGCUUCACCCGGUGGCUCCGCUUUUGCUUCCCCACGAGGCGACCGAGGACUGCACGGUGAACGGCUUCCACAUACCCUACAAGUCGAGAGUCAUCGUUAAUGUGUGGUCCAUUGGAAGGGACCCGAAAGUGUGGACCACUCAUGACCCGGAAGAGUUCGUGCCUGAAAGAUUCUUAGGGUCGAGUGUGGAUGUUAAGGGACGUGACUUUCAACUCCUGCCGUUCGGAACAGGCCGCCGAGGGUGCCCUGGGAUGCAGCUCGGCUUGACCGUGGUGCGAUUUGUGGUUGCUCAACUUGUGCACUGCUUUGACUGGGAGCUUCCUAGCGGCAUGUCACCAAGCGAACUUGACAUGACCGAAAAGUUCGGGCUCGCUACUCCUAGAGCCAAGCAUCUUGUGGUCACACCUAGGUACCGUUUGAGUGAGUGAAUAAGAUUUAGACUUUUUAAUGGACGAUUGAGUUCCCAAAAAUAAAUAUAAUCUUAUCCGGAAGUCUCACGGUGUCAAUUUUUAUACCAAAUGGAUUUCUACUAAUUUGUAAUGUGCUUUUCACUUGAUUUAAAAGUGUCAUUGU